AUGUCCCCCUUCGACGAAAAACGCUCGCCGAGCGUGGAGAACAUCGAAAAUGCAAAGCUACCGGCCCUAAACAAUGACGACUACGACGAGGAGUUCUCGCCUGAGGAGCAGAAGCGGAUUAUCCGACGGAUUGACCUGCGGCUUGUCUCCAUCACUGGUCUCGCGUAUUGCGUUUCGCUCAUGGACCGGACGAACUUGAGUAUGGCUGCUGUUGCAGGGAUGGUGAAGGACUUGGAGCUUGUUGGAUUCAGAUAUUCAAUCGUCGUCUUGACUUUCUUUAUACCUUACGUGAUCUUCCAGCCGCCGAUGACGGUCAUAACGAGGAAGCUGGGACCUACCCUGUUCCUGGGGAGUAUUGUGAUUGCGUGGGGUGCAAUCCUCGUUGGCAUGGGUUUCACGAAGAACUGGAAGCAAAUGACUGCUUGUCGGAUACUCCUCGGUUUGCUUGAAGCGGGAUAUUUUCCCGGCUGUGUUUACCUUCUGUCUAGUUGGUAUGCUCGAUAUGACGUCCAAAAGAGAUUCUCCAUCUUCUACCUCAUCGGCUGUGUGGCCUCGGCCUUGGCUGGGAUUCUGGCCUUUGGACUAAUGCAGAUGGAUGGAAUUCAAGGAAUAGCCGGCUGGCGCUGGAUCUUUGUGAUGGAGGGAGUUAUCACUGGCGCUAUCGGUAUCCUAACCAUCAUUUUCCUGGUCGACUUCCCUGAUCGGGCACACAAGUCCUGGAACUUUUUAAACGAAAAAGAAACCGCAUUUGUCGUGCGACGUAUCAACCGUGACCGAUCAGACGGAGAUGCUGAACCUUUCAGUCUCAAGAGAUUCCUGAGGCCAGCGCUGGAUUUGAAGAUCUGGGCCUGUGUCACAACCGUCACCUAUGCCAUCGCAUACUUCCUUCCAAUUAUCCUGUCAGAAGGAAUGGGCUUUGACACUGGCACCUCCCAAUGUCUCGUUGCCCCCCCCUUUGGCCUUGCCGGUAUCGUGAUGUUCGGGACGUCCUGGGUGGGCGAUAAGUAUCGCUUUCGCGCGCCAGUCCUCAUCUUCAAUGCCCUUCUUUGCAUCAUCGGCCUCCCCAUGAUGGGUUUUGCCAAGAGCCACGCCGUACAGUACGUAGGUGUCUUCUUCACUGUGGCAGGCUCAAACGCCAACAUCCCGGCUGCAAUGGCGUACCAGGCCAACAACGUCCGUGGUCAGUGGACCCGCGCACUGUCCAGCGCUACUCUUGUGGGGUUUGGAGGGAUCGGAGGCAUCGCUGGGUCGCUUGUUUUCCGUGAUUCAGAUAAGCCAGAGUACCGGCCGGGAAUCUGGUGCGCGAUCGCGUGUAAUUUGCUUCUCAUGCUCAUUGUGGUUGUUCAAAGCAUAUAUUUCCGCAUUGCCAACAGGCAGGCUGAGCGAGGAGCACGGAUCAUCGAAGGCUCUCCGGAUUUUCGAUAUACUAUUUAG